CUUUCGCUCUCUCUCUUAGCCUAAACAAGAAUCUCCCUCUCUCAAUGAACACAACCGUCUCUCUCUCUCUCUCUCUCUCACACAGCACACAAAAUCCACGGCUCUUCCAGUCAAUUGUGAGAAACCCCAUAACCUAACCCAUAAAGUUUCCCCUCUCUCUCUCUCUCACACACAGACAAGACAAAAAUCUCCCUCUCUCAAUUAACACAACAUUCUCUCUCUCUAAAAAACCAACACAACCAUCUCUCUUAAUUAACACAACCAUCUCUCUCUAAACGAACACAACCAUCACUCUCUUAAAACUAACAAAACCAUCUCUCUCUAAAAACUAACACAACCAUCUCUCUCCCAACCAGAGAGAAAAAGGCAGAUCAAAGAAAUCCAAAAGGCUGAUAGAUGACUCAUAACUCCAAUUAAGCAGGACCCCUGAUCCAGACAACCACAAACUAAAAACUUACUUUAAAAUACAACACUAGGGGUCCAAAGCCCCAUCUGGACUCUGUAUUUGAAGAAGAACCAAGUACAAGGGACCCCUCCAAAAGCGGACUCAGGCCUUCCAAAAAGGUCGAUAGAAAACCAAAACUGUUUGAACCAGAUGGUUUUUCUCUCUCUAGAAAUGGACCACUGGUGCUCCAUAAAGUACAGAGCAGUCAAGCUUGUCAAAUCUGUGUUAUAUUUGCAGACAUGAUGCCUGGAUAUGGCCAUGGAUAAGACUGCGAGAUGAGAUUUUUUACUCAUCGAAAAAACCUGGCUUUUUGGCUUCUGCAUAUAAGAAACUGGCCAUGGUUGGUUUCUAUAUUCCAAACUCAAUAUGGGUUUUAAUCCUGGUGUUUCAGGUGAUGGACUUUGAAGCUUCUGGUCUCUCAUGGUGCCCAUUUCCAGGACCCCAAGAGUCAAAAUUUGAACAAAAAUCUGAGAGAUAUUGGGAAUAUGAAGAGAAGACACAGAAUUGGAGAGAGAUAACACUUCCCUUUGAUUUGAAGACAUGUUUAAACAGGGAUUGCAGAAAGGUUGGUGUGAUAGAGAAGAUUGAGGACAGAGGAAAAGGAUUGUAUAAGACAGUGGAAGAUGAUAGCUUUGGAGAAUUGGAUUCAGGAUUGGAUGAGAGAGAGGAAACCAAGAGGUCUGGGAAGUUGGGUUUGGGAGUCAAUGAGCGAGAAAGCGCGAAGAGCUCGAUAUCAGUAGAGAGGGGCUCGGAGAGCUUCGAAUCGAGUUUGCCAAUGAGGAGGAGGACUUCUCUCACUAAGUUGUCUGAUACAUCUAUUUGGGUUACAGGGGAAAGUGGGUCAAUCUAUGAGAGGUUUUGGAAUGGAGUUCAAUGGGUGAUAGCACCUCAUGACCUGCCUGUUUUAGCAGGCCAUGCAGUUUCAGUAUUCAUAGUAAACCAGACCAUCCUUUAUCUCUCUGAAGAUGGGGUUCUUUAUCAGCUGCAACUGAAUGAAAACUCCCAGCCAGUUUGGUCUGAAACCCAGCCCACAUUUGAACCUGCCAUACCAAACCAAGAUACAGAAAAAAGUGGCACAAUCCAAAUCAAAUCUGGAGCAGUUUCACAUAAUCGAGAGAUGCUCUACCUCUCCACAAUAUGCGGAUCGUUGUUAGAACUUAGAGAAUUGCAGCCUCCAAGGUGGAUAAACCAUGGCCACCCACCGGGCGGGGAUGUAGCAGGCUUAGCUGAUACAGUACCAGAUAAACCAGAUGUGGUUUUUAUCGUGAGUUCCACCGGAGAGCUCUAUGAAUUUGAUAAGACCUCAAAGCCAUCCUGGAAGAAACAUAUAUGGAGUGAGCCUUUGGGAGAUGAGACUUACCUGCUGCCUUCUAGAACAUGUGCAUCGCGUGGUUUGUUUGGAGCUCAUUCCCUGUCAAUAUUCCUUCUAAGUAAGGAUGGUCUGCUUGUGGAGAGACGACUACAUCAGCGAAAGUGGAAGUGGAUAGUCCAUGGAGCCCCUAAAGGUCAUUCCUUGAGUGCUAUAGGACCCAUUGUUUCGAAUGAAUUGAACACAAAAGCUUACUCAUUAUUUUGUUCUACUACAACUGGAAGUAUUCAGGAAUAUCAACUCCCCAAGCACACAGGUGCAAACCAGGGACCUCAAUCACCACAAGGAUGGGUAAAUCACAUGCACCCGUUACAUGCCAAAUGCGCAACAGGUAUUCAAGGACUUCAGCUUCAAGGUGGCAGGAUAUUAUUCCCAUUACACGACGGGAGACUUGGAGAGCUUCAUUCAUCAGGUAACGGUGGUGAAUUUUCAGGCCCAACUGUCACCAACAUACGAAGAAAAGCAUUAUCCAAAUAUGAGUGGUCAAUUAUAGAUGUUCCAGAAACCGAAGGGUGGAAUGCAGAGUAUUGCAACAAUGAACGUGGACCAUCAAACUGCAUCUCAGGAGUAAAGGACAUACAGAGCGAGGAAGAAUCUAAUGAAUCAGGAAUAAUCAUACCAUCAAGAAGAAGGAAAGGACGAGCAUCUCUAGGCCAUCUAAUUCCAAGUACACUUGGCAAAAGUCUCAUUGCAGCGACUCCGUAUCAAUAUAAUUUCUUAACAAGCAGCAUAAGAAUUAAUUACCGGAUGCGUACAAUGCAGGCAGACAAGUCAUUUUUCAUUGUAACAGAGAGCGGUUCAACUUUUGAGUAUUUGUGGGCUGAGAACGUUUGGUUAUGGUUAAGUCAUGAAUACACUGUAUCUAUGAGAGGUGUGCUUGGAACUUACAACGGUAGCCUAUUUUUGGUUGAUGUGAAUGGAAACUUAAUUAUCAGAGAGAGGAGCAGCAAUGGAUUGGCAUGGAUCAACUGCACCGCCAUGAAUAAGGGGAGACAGGUUGCCCUAGGGCCCCCAUGGGAUGGAACAGCAGGUAUCGCACGCAGGAUUACAGCAAACCAGGCACUAUUUUUUGUGAGCAAAAAUGGAGCUCUGGUCCAGUUUGUGGUCGCAUUGAGGAAAUUCACAUGGAAGAAUUGUCGAAGCCCCUAUGAAACCAAGAUUGCUUCUAUAGUAGAUCAGGAAGGUUUAAGAUCAAAUAUAGUGUUUGUGAUAGGAAACAAUGGUCGACUAUAUCAGUAUAACCUAGUGACUGAGUUAUGGCAUGAGCAUGAUCAACCCCGUCAUUUGAUCCUAUCAAAGUUGCCUGGCACUGUUAUUAGGCCGUCUCUUUCAUCGUUACGAGGAUCUUUAUUCAUGCGUUCUGAGGAUGGUGGGCUAAUAGAAUAUUCAUGGAAUGCAGUGGAUGGUUGGAACUGGAUCGAGCAUGGGAUACAAAAAAAAGUAAUUCUAGCUGGUGCACCAGGGCCAAGCUUUGAAGAUAACCAACUGUUUGUGAUUGGAUCAGAUGGUCAGGUUUAUCGAAGGUACAUGGUUGAAAGAAAAUGGAAAUGGAAAUCAUAUGGCUAUCCUUCCCCAGAAAGGAUUGAUGCGGCAGCUCAAACUAGAGAAAGUGCACAAGAUGGAGAGGAAGGUGGUAAGAUGUCGCAAGAAUGCAGCACAGAAGAUCCACCUAAUUUUGAAAGAGAUGCAUACAGCUCAUAUGGUUUCAACCGGCUCUGCAAUGAGAAGGUGGCAGCAGUUCGACCAAUACCCUUCUCUGAUGACUCAGUUGUGUUCGAGCUGCAAGAUGGACGACUAGCAGAGUUGAGAAGAGUUAAGGACACAAAAUGGGAUUGGUACCGUACAAUCAGCACUCCAACAAGCCAGUGCGGAGCAAGUUAUUGGACUGCUUCAGCAUCAUAAUUUUCGGACUCUAACGAGUCACAACAAACAUGUAAUAUAGAAAAAAACAAACAGAAUGCAUAGAAGGGAAAUAAUUGAAAACAUAGGCAGCAAGAAACAGCUCCUCUUUAUGAACCUCUGCAACAGUGGCACAAUUCCACUUGUAGAGAUCCACACAAUAAUGUAACAUGUACAUAGGAUACAGGUGCAAUGGCAUCAUGUAACGAAAUGAUAUUAAUACCCUUAGUCAAACUUCUCAAGCAAGUUGUUGCUAAUGUAACUUUAAAAUUUGUAAAUAUGUUUCAUAGUAAAAAGAAUCGGGGGUAGCAAAUUCUGAGUUCA